GGGGUUUACUCUGGCUUGCGGGGAAAUGUGUUCAUGAGUAAACGAAUUUAACACUUCGUAAAACUUGAUUUUUUAAAGUAUGGAAACUACUGCUGUUGCCACAAGAGAGAGGUUAGAAGAACUGUCAUAUACAGUGAAAUAAUCCGGCAUUUUAAUGUUGAUUUUGUGUGUUUUUUAGGCGAAAACGGGUGCAUUCUACGAAGUGUCCUUGCUGUUCUCACGAGCAGGGAAAACCGGAAUUAAAGGCAAGGCAAAGUCGAAAACGAAAGGUAAAGGAAAACCUUAUUUUCAAACGUUAAAUAAACACAGAAUUAGUUGAGUAUCGUCUGUAACGUCACCACUUGUGUUUAAAUUAGUUAAAACAGUAGUUGAAUUUACAGAAAACGUGAAAUUUAAGUCAGAUAAUUAUAGCGUGUUUCAGCCCUGUACCGAAUUGCAUCGAUGCAAAACUUGUAAACAGUAAGCAGUAGUGGCUAUAAAAUAGAUCAUUUAUGGUUAAAUCAGUGCUGAAUAUCUUUAGAAGUAGUUGGACUUUAAUUAUAUCGGUUAAAAGUUUUAUUGUUGUGUUAAAUUCAUUCUGAUCGCACAAAUAGUGUCACCGUAGUAUAUUCGUAGUAGAGUUUACGAUGACGCUGCAAGAUCUGCGACGUUAAAACGCAUUUUAAGAUCGAUUUCGACGCUUAUUUAUUUGAUUCUGGCUUAGCAACGAUCCCUAAAAUAUUAUCACGUAUUUAUAGUGUUAAAUUACGCAGAAAACAUGAUCAGGAAGCGAUGUAUGUUGAACGAUUGUCACAAAAGUGGGCGCGCCAUGACUUUCCCCUGGCGACCAGACAAGUUAAUUCAUAAGAAAUCAAAACAUUCUGGGAAAACUCGUCGCAUUGUUAAAUAAAAUUUCUAAAAAUUCACGUUUUGGUGUACUUUAAGAUAUAUUUCUUUACUAACAGUGUAUAAAACGUAAAUUUACAAAUUUAAUCUAUAGUAUUUAUGCUUGAGUGGCCUUCGCAAUUUCGAGAAAAGCCGUCUGCUUCUCUUCAAGACUGCGAUGUGAAUGGAUAAUUUAAAUGUUAAUAUGCAUGAAUUUUAUAGCACACUUCAAAUUGCAUAAAUUGGGUUGCUAAGCAAAGCAAAUAGUUUUUCCCAAUAUGUUUUAACAAAAUUCCUGGUAAAUGUUGCAUUUUUCAUUUCCCCCAGCGCUGGCCACCCAGGCUCCAUUUCCUGUUAAAAACAUCUAUUAUUUACAUUCAUUGUUUUUGAUAUUUUUAUUAUAGUAGAUCACAAAAAUAACAAGAUAUUUUAUAAAAUGUGAUUCAGUUGUAUUCAGUUUUGAUUGACAGAAUCUGGAUACCUUAUUCAUGUUACUGGAAAUGCAAUAUCUCAGGAAUGACAACUGGUUGUGCAAUAAUGCACUUGAAGAUCACAUGAACUUGUCCUUAUCUGAGGACCUGCUUGCAUGAAUUACUUGAUUGACUUGUACAAAUGAACUGUGGUGGCACUACCAGGGGGGGGGAGGCCCCAAUGUUUUUCAGAGUAUAGUUUAAGGCCGUGUUUAUUCUAUAAAGCUAUGGCUAGCAUUCCGUACAAAAUUACUAUGCUUCUUAGUAUCGUGUUACACUAUAACGGAGUGGUUUGCCGUGGCGGACCAACUAUGGACCACUAUGCCUGGCACUUCAGAUACAGAUCAAUAUACGCUACAGUAAAUUGGCUUUAGCAUGAUGGUGUAAAUGUGGCCUAAGGUUCGUUCAAAUCCGAUUAAAAGUGGUGUGUGGGUGGAAUAUUGUCAGCAGACAGUGUUGCAUAUCUUGCACACAUCUACUAUGGCAUCUGCUCAUAGAAUCUACUGAACUUUGUUCUGAUAUAAUGCUCUCUUUCUACUGAAUUGAAUUGUCAAGUAUUAUGAAAUCACAAAUUAUUAAGUUGUGCCAAUCUCAAAUGAAUUAAUGUACUAAGCCAUAAUGUGCCCUAAUGCACCCUACUUUGUCACUUUGCCAAACAACUUUACUUGUCAAGUUGGAUGUUGGAUAAAAUCAAUCAAUAAAAUAUUCAAUUUGUGGCAUAUUUCUUUGUUCAUUUUGAAGGGAGAUGACAUAAAUAAAGAGGAGACGCCGCUACUGAAGGCUAAAAGGUAGGGAUGCAUCUGUGUUGCAGAAUUGUAUGAUUUUGACAUAUUGCCCACACAAUUAUACAUGGUGAAUAGGCUAAAUCUUAUUACCAAAAGACAGCACAUUAAUUAGUAUACACCAUCACUAUUAUCACCAUAACCAGUCUACCAUUGUCAUCAUUACCACCACCAUUACUAUUGUCACCAAAAUUACCACCAUUAUAUUAGCUACCAUCACCAUUACUAUCAGCAUACCACUACUAUUAUCAUCACCAUCAGCUUUUCCCUGAUGAUCAAAAGUCUUUGAAAAUCUUUUAAAAUUAAAUUUAAGGUCACCCAAGUCUGCUAAGAGCAAGAUAGCAGCUACCACACAGUCAACUGAUUCAGAAAUUUGUAGCUUCAGAGAAGAUGAAAAUUCAACUACUGAAGUUCGAGUACUCCGUUCUGGACGAAGCACACCAGUUUGCAUAGAAACAGGCAAUGGCAAAGAAAAAUCUGUUUCCCAGAAACCUGUUUCCCAAAAGAAAACGAAAGUGAAGAAACCCAUCAAACAGGGCAAGGAACUUAUCAAACGGGAAAGUGUGACAGACAGCGAUUUAAAAUCAGGUUUCUCUAGUGUCAAAAAAGAAGAGCAGUCUGACCUUUUGGUUGAGAAAAAUAUUACCAUAACUGGUAAGAAGAGUAAGGCUAAAGCCAAGACCAAAAAACAACUCAAUAAAGUCGGCAAUCAGAGUUCUAAAUCAUUUGCUAAUUCUGGAGCAGCACAGGGAAGUAAAAGUGUCCAGCAACAAAAAGGAGAAAAAGUUACCAACCCCAAAAGUGCUCCAAAAGGUGGCAAACAAAAAGCUCAAGUGAAUUCUAAAGUAACAAAAAACAAACGUUCACAUGUGGCUAAAAUAAAGGGAUUAAAUAUACCAGCAACAGCAAAGGCUGCUAAGAAAACGUCCGCUAUUGAAAAGCUUAAAGUGAAAGCAUUUGAUCAGUUGAAAGAAAAGUUGGAAAUUGCAAUUGAUCGAAGUUCAAUCAGCGUGCCAGAAUGCGCCAAACUACUACAGCAAAUAACAUCACCCAACCUGAGUGAGAUUUUUUAUAGCCAACCAGCCUCGGUGGAUGAGGGCAAUUCUGAAGUACUUGUAACAGGGCUAGCAGGGAAAAGUUUGCCAGAAAUAAUAACCGAUGGGAUGAAAAGAACUGGAAAUUUAACAAACAUGAAAGAAAGCGCAACCGAGAAACCAAUCACGAAAGAAGAAAACGCAGUGGCUGAAAAUUUAUCUGAAGCAGCACACGCUCUUGUAAGCUUCAAGAUUCAAACAGCGAGUGCUAAUUCAAGGAUUCACUUGGAUCAAGAGGCACCUUCGUCAGCAGGGUUUGGCUAUUCCAGUACACCAGUAACGCAAGCUAUGGUAAAAGAUCGUUUUCAGAUUAAAAAUGGGAAUAACCUGACAGAUUCAGGAUUUCCAGAUCAGCAGUUUGUCAAAAACGGCAGGGGUAACCGAUUUGAUGGUGCGAUGUCAGUCCCAAGACAAACAGUGAAGGAUUUAUCGAGUAAAACAGCGUUGAUACAGGCAAAAGUAGUCGAAGAAACCUCUGCACAGUCGACAAAUGGAGCGCAGUCCACAUCAAACCAAGCGUUACAAACGAGUAACCUUCAAGCUGUCAGCCAUGGACUGGUCGUACGCAAUGAUCCACUUGUGAAGAGCAGUAUUACAGAAUCAUCAGCCAGUGGGUGGUCAUCAUCAAGUCCUUUGGUGCCACUGACCAAUCAAUUGCUGCAAAUGGCAAAUCCUUUAGUUCCAGCAACCAAUCCGUUUCUUCGUAUGACAACAUCUUUGACUCCAACAACCAAUCAAGUGCUUUCAACAAUAAAUCCAUUACUCCCAACAACCAAUGAGGCGCCUACAGCAAAUCAGUUGCUUCAAGCGAAUUCUGCCCGAGCGACAACACAUCCCCUGAUACCAACAACCAAUCAAUUGCUUUCUAGUUUCCCCAAUGUAUCAGCUAUCCCAACUUCUGCUUCGAAGACAGACACGACCACUCUAGUUGCAAUCUCCCCGGGGCUUCCUGUUGUACAAGCUCCGAAUGUGUUAGUAAAUCAACCACAAUUGGCAUUUCAGCUCUUGCAGGCCCAGCGAACCAGCCCCACCAUGCCCACUGUCAUGGCAACAACCCAAACCCAAUCAAACCCACGAUUCAUAUGUCCAAAUCCAACAACUUUCCCUCGCAACACCACACCCAACCAAGAACCAACUACCCUACUAACAGCACCCCUCAACCAACGCCUCUUUUUACCAAAAAUGACAUCACCUGUUGAUCUACUCCUGCCCAAAACCGUCGCAGCACAUGUCACAGGAACUGUUCCUACAACAAGUAUAAAUGAGAUACCAAAUUCAUGCAAGCUUCGGCCAAUACUACCAAGAGAGCCUUUGGUUUCACCGACCUUUACGCUGUUCAACCCUCCUCUGCAAAGCUUACAGAACGUAGUGAAAGCUACUGAUACAUCUAGCAAUGUUAAACAAGCUGUAAAAAGACUUGUUAAUGCACGAACAAAGAAUACUGACAACCCUUCACGACAGCAAACGACAUCUCUUCCAGAUAUUGCAAGUACAUUUAACAAGGGUUUCUUCACGGCAAACUCUCCAAGGAAUGUCGGGCCAAUGAUGGCCCCUGCACAGAACACGGAAAUGGCGAAUAAGGAACAAGCUAUCAAAGCACUGCUUAGUAUAGGCAGUGAACAACAAACAGUGCAACAAGGAACGAAAGGAACUGCUACUAAUGUCUUUGCAAGUAAAGAAAUUGAACCAAGGAAACCGGAUGAUUUGCUUGUCGUGUUUGAUACAGAUAAAGGAAUUUUUAAAGUAGAUGAUGUUACCAUUGACCCUCAAGUCAACACCAUUGGCAAAGGUAAUAUUCUAUCUAAUUUUCUAUCUCAAACAAUGUUCAGAAACAUUCAGGAAAUUACUUUUCAUGAUUUUUCGCAAAACGCUUUUUCUACUUUGCUGCUAAUUUUUUUCUGGUGGAAAUUUUCACGCAAAUUUGUUUUUAACAUACCCAGGACAUAGCUUAAGGCCGGAUUCCACGAGGCGGAAUUUUUCGACCGAAACGAAAUUUCUCUUUGUCUUUUUACAAUUAGUUCUGCUUGAGAGCUCAUGAAACAAAGAGAAAUUUCGAUUUGGUCGAAAAAUUUCGCCUAGUGGAAAACCGCCUUUAGUUUCAAAUAGUUUUUACUUUGCGUUAAUAAACCUACUUGGCAAGUAACUAAUUAGUAUUACGGUUGUUCUAAUUAUUCUAGAAAGUUACACGUGUGGAAAAUGUGGCAAGAUCUUCACCUCUUUGAGUUACUUGGCUAGGCAUAUCAAACGUGUUUGUCCAGAUAUGACGCACCGGAAGUGGAAAUGUGACCUCUGUGAGAAAGCAUUUCGUCAUCCAUUUGGUUUACAACAACACGUGUUCACUCACACCGGGGAACGGCCUCAUAAAUGUUCACAAUGCCCUAAAGCUUUCUACAGCUCUAAUGAUUUACGAAGACACAGCAGAAUACACUCAGGUAAUGUCAGUAUUUUGAUAUUUAUAUAACAAAGUAUAUAAAAAACUUCAAACCACAACGGGGAUAAGUGACCAACAUAAGGCCAUUUUCCAUUGCGGUCGCUUUGCCCGCGCGGGCGGUGCGACCAAUUGUAAUCACGUGAAAAAUCAGUCGCGCUGGCACGCCAAGAAAGUUGAAUGUAGUUCUACUUUCAUGGCGUGUCCGCCAGCGGUCAGGCGGACAAAAAAUGCACAGGUUAGACAAUUGCAGAGAAAGUUAGCGGGCUUUGGAAAUCUGCUCACGCGGGCGUGACGGGCGUCAAAAACAAUGAACGCUUCGCCCGCGCCGGCAAAGCGGACGUUAAUGGAAAACGGCCUUCACGCCAAUGAAGUGUCUGCCAGGGCUGUGAAUAAAAAUUGCGCUUUCCUUUCUUCUAGGGGAACGUCCUUACAAGUGCAAACAUUGUGGUAAGACAUUUGCAACAACAAUCUCGCUCAAGACUCACACUUUUAUUCACACGGGUGAGAAACCACACCGCUGUCCACAUUGUCCGAAGACGUUUGCUACCUCAAGUAAACUGGGUCGACAUAUUGUCACGCAUUCUGAACAGCGGCCUUUCGCUUGUUCUCAGUGCCCCAAGACCUUUAAUAGAUCGGGUAAGUGAAAUGUGUUGUUUUCAGACGUUUUGUUCCCAAAUGACUUAUCUUUCAAUUACAUCGCUAGGGAAAACCAAACUAUACCAUGAGAUCCCUUUUAGGGAUUUGUAUCGCAUUUUAAUACUGUACUGUACCAGUUUACCAGUACUGUUCUUGUACCUGCACCAAUACCCUGUACGUGUACCUGUACUGUAAUUCAGUCUGGCGGCCGUCAAAGCAUUCUAUGAUCAGCCACUUGAAAUUUCUUGAGUACCUCAAAAUCUGUCAGCUGCCGUUCAUUUUACCUAUUGCAACGAAAAGACGAACGUUUGUUUGCCACGUAUACGACAAACGAUUUUAUGUUUGCCACUUUUUUUUACCACGUCCACGAAAAUAGGUUGCCGGUAUUUUUAUACUAUUACCCUGACACUACAACUCUAUUUUAUGCACGAUGUGAUUAAUUUUCAAUGAUUUCCAGGGGAUUUGCGGAGACACAAUCUAAAUCUUCACCAAGGAAAACUUUCAGUAGAAGGCGUUGACGAAAAGCCGGAUACCAAGAAAAUAUUAAAUGUUCCUCAGGAAACAAUAUCUAAUAUUUCUGAACAAAAAAUACAGUGAAAUACCGAGCUAAUUAGUCAUUGGGUGUAAUAACACGGGCAUAGCUCAUAAUUCUAAUAAGUAUAGUUUAAGUCUAAAUUUAAUAAUACUAGCUUGUGUACAGAAGUGCUUGAUGUUGCAGUGAACUUGUUUUGUUAGCCUUUUUAUCCAAUAAAUUAAUAUGUGGAAUAUUUAAUAUGAAUGAAAUUUGUGAAACAAAUUUAAUAAGUGUUAGUGUUAAUUUCUUUGGACAUGAAACAGCCAAUGUUUUGCAUGUACUAUAUAUCCUUGUGUUAUAGCUUCAAGCACGGGCUAUUGUCUAUAAUAUUAAACUGUUUGUACUAAUGUAUGAAAUCUAACCCAUAUUAUUGUACACUACAUAUUUGUUUCAAUAAUGUAGAAUGAUAGAAACUUUGUAAUAUAAAGGUAAAUAAAACCACAAUUGUUACUGUAACACUCGAGGUAAAGUUGAAUUU